UGAGUUUGUUUAUUUCAAGUGUCAGUGGGGAUAAUAGAAAGUUGUUUAUUAUUUUUUUAUUAAACAUAUAUAAAAAUGGCAUUACCAGAUAGAGAUACAAUGAUUAGGCAGGGGAGUAUAGAUGAUAUUAAUGCUCAGCAAUUUCUGAAGAUAUCCAAUUAUGAAGAUACUGUUAGGCAGCUAGACAUAUAUUAUGCAAUUGUAAAGAGACAAUUGCUUCGGUUUCAAAGUCCAAUCACAGGACUAUUUCCAGUGCUAUCAUCUGAUCUCCACAUUGGUAGUGUGAGGGAUAGCAUUUACUGUGCAGCCGCAGUAUGGGGCCUAUAUCAAGCAUACAGACGCAUCGACGAUGACCGAGGCAAGUCCCACGAACUCGGGCAAAGUACAGUGAAAUGCAUGCGAGGCAUCCUCGAGUGUUGGGUGAAGCAGUCCGCUCGCGUCGAGGCAUUCAAGACGCGGCAGAUGGCCGCGCACGCGCUGCAUGUCAAGUUCCACCUCACGACUGGCGAGCCGGUGCUGGCCGACAACCAGUACCACCACCUGCAGAUAGAUGUCGUGUCGCUGUACCUGCUGUUUCUGGUGCAGAUGAUUACGUCGGGUCUGCAGCUUAUAUAUACGCAGGAUGAAGUAGCAUUCAUACAGAACUUGGUGUAUUACGUGGAGCGCGCCUACAGGACACCAGAUUAUGGGAUGUGGGAGCGCGGGUCCAAAUACAAUGAUGGCAAACCGGAAAUCCACGCUUCUUCCAUCGGCAUGGCAAAAGCCGCACUGGAAGCCAUAAACGGCUGCAACCUGUUCGGAGACAAGGGCGCGUCGUGGAGCGUGGUGUACGUGGACAUCGACGCUCACAACCGCAACAGAAGCAUAUUCGAAACUAUGUUACCAAGGGAGUCUAGUUCUAAGGGCGUCGACGUAGCUCUCCUACCCACAAUAUCAUUCCCCGCCUUCGCCACACACGAGGACCACUUAUUCCAGCUGACCAAGUCGAACAUCCUCCGGCGCUUACAAGGCAAAUACGGCUUCAAGCGAUUCAGCCGCGAUGGGUACAAAUGCGUAUUAGAAGACCCUACUCGAAGAUAUUACAAUGAAGGGGAACUUAAAGAAUUUGAUGGGAUUGAGUCUGAGUGGCCGCUAUUCUAUGUUAUGAUGAUCAUUGAUGGAGUAUUUAGGACUUUGCCGGACCAGGUUGAAGAGUACCAGAGGUUGCUGAAGGCCAGGAUAUACAUGGAUGAAUUUGGAGAUCCUGUGAUUCCGUGGUUUUACUAUGUUCCCCGGGAAGGAAUAGAGAACGAGCGUAGCGAGCCAUAUUCAGUCCGCCGAAUGCCGGCCAACCAGCCCGGCGACGACAGCAAAGACACAGGAGGCCUGUUCCUAUGGGCGCAGUCGAUGUUCGUGCUGGCUCAGCUGCUAACGGGUGGCUUGUUGCACGUAAACGAGCUGGAUCCCAUCCGCCGCUACCUGCCUUCGUACAACCGGCCGCGGCGCGCCGGCCGCUACUCCGCCUUCCAGGCCAAACCAGGAUUUGGCAUAGCGACGGACUUGGUGGUGCAAGUGGUUUUGAUCGCGGAGUCCAUGCGUCUGCAGGCCAUGAUGGGGACUUAUGGCAUUCAGACCCAGACGCCACAUGAAGUCGAACCAGUGCAGGUUUGCAGUUCAACACAAUUAGUACACGUGUACAGACAGUUGGGCGUUUGUCCUAAACUGAAGUUGACGGGACGUCCCAUCCGGCCCGUUGGAUCGCUGGGAACUAGUAAGAUUUAUCGCGUGUGCGGGAUGACAGUGCUGUGCUACCCGCUGAUUUUCGAGGUGUCAGAAUUCUACCUGUACCGCGACAUGGCGCUACUUAUCGACGACAUCAAGACUGAGCUGCAGUUUGUUGGCAAAUACUGGCGAUUAUCUGGGAGACCGACGGUGUGUCUCCUAGUGCGAGAGGAGCACAUGCGCGAUCCUCACUUCAAGCAGAUGCUGGACCUGUUCGCGAUGCUCAAGAAGGGCCACUGCGACGGCGUUAAAGUACGUCUCGGCCGCCUGCAGAACCUCAUCUCCAGCUCCUGCAUGGAGCACUUGGACUUCAUGAGCCAAGGAGAAUUCCCUUCAGAGAUGUUCACCCAGUUCAAGCAGCUCGAACACGAGUACAUCGGCUACCAAUCCCUCACGGACGUACCGCGUACGCUCACCUACCGCGAGGAGAACUUGUGCUACGACUCAUACAAGAACCGGUCGACUGCGGACGUAGUGGCUGCGUUACGGGGCACGGACAAUAUCUUCGCUCAGUGCCAGCUUUGGGGCAUUUUGAAGGACAGAGAGGGAGCUAUGUAUGAGGUCAACGGCAUGACGGCCCUAGACGCGCUGAAGAGCCUGUACCACAGCGCGGGCGUGCUCCGGCACUGGCGCGCCGUGCGCUACUGCUCGUCGCUGCUGAACCACACCGUGGACUCCAUCAGCCCCUUCAUCACCACCGUGCUGGUCAACGGCAAGCAGCUGACCGUAGGCGUGAUCGGUCAUAAAGAAACAGUGUUCGAUAAGCCGAUGACGCCAGGCGAGAUCCAAUCCGUUAUGUACUCCACCAUCCAGCCGUAUGACGUCAUCGGAGCCGUACUACAGCAGGAAAUCGUGUUAUACUGCGGCCGCCUAAUCGGCACGAGCCCCGAGAUGUUCCGCGGCAUCCUCAAGAUCCGCGUGGGCUGGGUGCUGGAGGCCAUCCGCACCUACCUGAACUUGUUCCCCAAUGAAGGUCGCGCGGGCGCGCCUCUUGAAGCGCUCUCGCCGUAUCGACUACGGACGUUGCUGCAGAGGGUGCUGACUGUUUCCGACUGGGCCGAUGAGGAAGGACUGACUCCGUUACAAAGGCGGCAACUGGAGGGCUGCCUGUGCCGCGUGCCCAAACACUUCUACAUACAAGUGUGGGACAUUCUACUGCGCACCCCGCAAGGAAUAACUAUCCAUGGUCAUUUAAUCCCCGAGCCUACGCUAGUGAACAUGUCUCGCUCGGAGCUGUCGUUCGCGUUGCUGGUGGAGGGCGCCCUGGUGCGCGCGCCGUCGGCCGCGCGGCGCCAGCUCUGCGUGGAGCUGCUGUGCGUCGUGGCCGCCAUCUUGAGGAGGAACCCCGAGCUGUCUCUGCAGGCACUCGACCUGGACACGCUGCUGCAAGAUGCGCAUCAGACUUACGCUAAGGACAGCGGCGUGUCGGGCUCGGACGAGCCGCUGGCGCGCGCGGCGGGCGCGGUGAGCGUGGGCUACCUGGCGCGCGCCGUCGUCAACUCCGUGCUGCAGCAGCCCGCGCUGCCGCACCUCGCGCCCGCCGGGCCCCACCACGACUCCUGCCUCGUCGCCUAGCCUAGCUCACCGCACAUAAUAUACUACUUACAGAGCGGACGACCCGUCGACGGACCUGUCGCAGUUAGUUCUUUGUGUGCGUGCGUGAUGGCACGACUGGUCGUUCGCAUGUACGCAGCAUGGAUAUGAUGCGCGUGUAUAUAUAGGCUAGUUUCCUACUAGUCAAAUCAGCUUCUUUUUAAGAAAUGUCAAAACGAUUUGCUAAUAUGAAAUUACUAUGAAAUACUGAGGAGUGACGUCACGGUCAAUUCAUUUACUUUGUAUCUUUC